AUGAACGACCUCUUCCGGAUUGUGGAGCACGGCGAUGUUGCCACCCUCAAGGAGAUCAUCCACAGUGGCAGCAUCGACAUCAACGCCUGCAUCGCCGAUGGCUCAACCAUCCUGCACUAUGCCUGCACCAUCGGCAACCCCGCCAUCGUUUCCACCCUCCUGAGCCAUCCCAACAUCAUCCUCGACGCCACCAACAGCGACGGCAACACCCCGCUGCAUGUGGCGGCCGCCUACACCCACCUGGCCAUCGUCAAGCUCCUGAUCAAGGCCGGCAACACGCCGCACUCCAUCUUCUCGCACAACAUCAAGGGCAAGCUACCGAUCGACUAUGCUGUCCAUCCGGAAGUUCACUCGUACCUGGAGUCCUGCAUGAGCAUCCACGACCAGAUCUACAACUUCACGCCCGACCCGAACGUCCUGAAGAAGUACAUCAUCGAUCUGACCAUCGAAUGGUCGGAGUUCCAGCUCCGCGCGCAGGAGGUCAUCCACGAGCAGAUCGAGCAAAAGCAGAUUGCCCUGCACAAGCUGCACCUGGUGGAGCGUGCCACCGGUGUCACCGACAGCAAUGGCGCCGCCUCGGUCAUCGAUCACCUGGCCCUGCUCCAGGACGAGAACGAUCGCCUGACUUCGGAGCUGAUGGAGAUCCGCCGGAAGAUGGCCAUCCUGGAGGAGCACCUCCAGGAGCAUGAGCGCUCGGAGGCCAACGACGCCAGCGCCGGCGAUGCCGACGCCCCGGCCGAGACGGCCGGCAGCAGCCCGGCCGCCGCCGGCGCCAGCGAGGACAGCGUCAACAUGCUGAACACCGCCUACGAGAACCAGGCCCGCGUGGACGCCGAGGACGAGAAGAACGGCCUCAUUGUCUACGUCAAGAAUGCCAGCAGCGAGACCUCGCCCAACACUCGCCGGCAGAUCCGCGGUGCAACCAAGGAGAAGCUGGUUGCCCGGCUGGCCGCGUAUGGUGGUCCUUCCGAACGGCCGGGUGCUCCCCAGAACAUGCCGGUUUUCGGUGCGUGA